GUAUUGCCGCUGUCACUUCGCGUCCCGUUUCUUCUUCUGUGUCCGUUUUCUCAGAGAAGAGCUUCCCCCCCCUCUCCCCUUCAACACGUAUCGAUUUCGGUGCUGUGAUUGUGCAGCACGUCGCAGAGGUGUUAGUAUAUUAUCUUAUAGCUGGAGAACAGAAAAGAAGCGUGAAUUAUCUUGCGUUCAAGAUGAUGCGCCGUGUUCUCGCUCAGCCCGCCGCCCGCCGUGUGGCCGCCGCCUCCAGUGCGCUGGUCGUGUGCCCCCGCAAGGCCUCCACCGUGGCCAUCUCCGUUCAGGGCCUGCACUACGUCGGCACCGGCCUGGCCGCCAUCGCUCUGGCUGGUGUGGGAAUGGGUAUUGGUACGAUCUUUGGCUCCCUGCUGAUCGCCUGCGCUCGCCAGCCGAACCUGACGAAGAUGCUCUUCAACUACGCCAUUCUUGGCUUUGCCCUGACAGAGGCCAUCGGGCUGUUCGCCCUGAUGCUUGCCUUCUUGAUGCUCUUCUCGUAG